CCUAUUCCCCGGCGACCUUGGUCGCAUCUGGCCCUGGAUUUUGUCACGGGGUUGCCCUCUUCUGUUGGUAACACGGUUAUUCUGACCAUUGUGGAUAGAUUCAGCAAGUUUGCCCACUUUGUUCCCCUCUCCAAGCUGCCUUCUGCCACUGAGACGUCCGAGAUCCUGGUUAGGGAGGUGUUCAGGGUCCACGGGUUGCCCUGUGACAUUGUUUCUGACCGUGGUCCUCAGUUUACCUCUGCUGUCUGGAAAUCCUUCUGUUUGGCCAUUGGAGCUACAGUCUCACAUCUGGAUUUCACCCCCAAUCUAAUGGUCAGGCGAAGAGAGCCAACCAGAAGAUGGAGUCCACGCUGCGCUGUCUUGUUUCCUCUGAUCCCACCUCUUGGUCCUCUCAAUUACCCUGGGUCGAGUAUGCUCAUAAUACUCUCCCUUCAUCUGCCACUGGGAUGUCUCCCUUCCAGUGCCUGUACGGUUACCAACCUCCCUUGUUUCCUUCUCAGGAGCGGGAUCUCUCGGUUCCUUCUGUCCAGACCCACAUUCGUCGUUGCAACCGCACCUGGCAUCGGGCCAGGAAGGCCCUCCUUAAGGUUUCUGACCGGUAUCAGAUCCGUAUUCCUGCCCCCGCUUAUACCGUCGGAGAUAGGGUUUGGUUGGCUACACGGGAUCUUCCUCUACGGACUGAGUCGAGGAAACUGUCACCGAAGUUCAUUGGUCCGUUUGUAGUGGAGAAGAUCAUUAAUCCUGUUGUGGUCCGACUCAAGUUGCCUGCUACACUAAGAGUACAUCCCAUCUUUCAUGUCUCCUGCCUCAAGCCGGUUCUCCUCAGUCCUCUGCCCCCUCCUCCUCGGCCUCCUCCUCCUCGGAUGAUCGGAGGUGGUCCUGUCUACACGGUGCGCCGCAUCAUGGACUCCAGACGGCGGGGUCGAGGUUUCCAGUAUUUAGUGGAUUGGGAAGGAUAUGGUCCUGAGAGGAGUUGGAUUCCUCGGCGUCAGAUCCUUGACGAUGACCUGCUUCGUGACUUUUACCGCCUCCACCCUGGCGCUCCGGGUAGUCCGCCCGGUGGCGUUCAUCGGAGGGGGGGGUACUGUCACGAAUCCCGUUUCCUGAGUCUGUUUUUUGCCUGUGUUCUGUCCUGGAGUGUUUUUUUCCGGCGUCCUGGAACGCACCCUGUCUGGUUGCCGGGCAAUGUAGCCACCAAGAGGAAGGAGAAUGUAGCAGCAGAGGUCCUUAAAGGACCGGAGACGCAGGAUAUCCUCGGAGGCGGAGCUGCCGGCAGUGGUGACAGGAAGUCCCAUGAGCUGAAGAGGCCUCUGGGAGUGUUCUGUUCUUAG